AUGGCAUGGCGUCAGAAACAUUCGAUGCGAUCAUUCGUCAUCGUCCUCCAAUGUUGCGAGCACAGCGAGCUGCAAGCCGAAGCGGCUGGGCUGAGCAUAGGCUCCCACGCACAGAAGUUUGUCAACAAGUAUCUCGAUGUCGAACGUUCUCUGAAAGCUGUCAGCGGAACAAGGUCGCAGAUCUUGAGUCUACCUGGCACUGUUGUGAUGGAAGUACCUCUUGCCUUUGAGGUUGUUACGUCGUUAUGGGGUCUGGUGUUUGAGCGGCUCAUAGCGGAUUCUGUCGGUGGAGAUGGAUCAGGGUGUGCCGGGGUGUAUGGGACCGGGGUCAGAGUGACUCAACUCGAAUACGAAGGGCGGGGUACCACGGUGAGAGUUGCGUGUAAGAACAAUAUCGAUGAGACAGAAACAACAAUCGAAGCGGCGCUGCUCUUGACAGGCGCCGACGGUGGUCGUUCGACUAUCCGUCACCAGCUCCUGCCAUUCAUCCAUUCAGAGUACGCUGGACAUCCUUCGAAUUUCAUCGGAAGUGAAAGCGAAGAGCUACAGUCAAGUGGAGACAGUUGCGAGAAUUCGAGCGAUGAGAACAACAAUGAUGAUAUCUCUAAGUCUGAAGUGACCCCUCUUCUGCUCGAAGCCAGGGAGAUAAACGUGCCUUAUGUGGACCUGCAAAACUUGCCAGAAAGGGUACAGAACGACGCACUGCAAAGAACAGAUGUAGGACAUCUUAAAGACAAGCCAGUCCCAAAGAUUCCUCCGAAUGCCUGCAAGGAAUGCGAUACGGCGAGCAAGCAAGAAAAUCCCCAAGCGGCUUAA